UAACCAUUGUUGAACACAUUAGAAUGUUUGUUCUCAUUCCAUUCUUUUAUGUUUUUGAUUAAUUUAAACAUUUAUUUUGAUAUUUUUUGUACAAUAAUUUCUUCUCUUAUACAUAAUACAAAUGUUACAGUUUUCAUAUACUCCGUUUUAUUGUGAUCUUCAAACUCUAUGUGAUUAUGUGAAUCAAACUUAUUUAUUCUUAUGGUAUACUUAAUUGGUCUAUUUAUAAUUGAAUUAUUAAAACAAAGAGAUCUUAUUAUACCAUGUCUGAAGUAGUUUCAUAUUCACCUGUAAAAAAGGAAUUUGAUGUAUCAUCUGGAAAUAAUAAUGAUAAUUCAAACAAUAAUUUUGAAGAAAAUGGGGACAUUGAAAAUGAUCAAUCAAAUUCUAAUUAUGACACAGUCUCAGACUGUGGAACUUCUGUUCAUAGAUGUGAUAGAUGUGAUAACUAUGAAACUUUAAAUGAAACAAGUCUAAUAUCACACUUAACUACAUGUCAAGGAACGGAAAGUAAUAAUGAGAAUGAUUUACAAACAAAUCGUAAAUUAUUUGAAUGUGAUAUAUGCAACAUGAAAUUUUCAAAUGGUGCUAAUAUGAGAAGACAUAAAAUGAGACACACAGGAGUUAAACCUUAUGAAUGUAAAAUUUGUCAAAAGCGUUUUUUUAGAAAAGAUCAUUUAGCUGAACAUUUUACAACACAUACAAAAUCAUUACCAUUUCAUUGUCCAAUUUGUAAUAGAGGAUUUCAACGUCAAAUUGCAAUGAGAGCACAUUUUCAAAAUGAACAUGUUGGUCAACACGAUAUGGUUAAAUCAUGCCCAUUAUGUAAUUUUAGAGCUAGUUCAAUGAAAAGUUUAAGAGUCCAUUUUUUUAACCGACAUGGAAUUGACCUAGAUAACCCAGGUGUUAAUGUAAUAAAUUCUACUUUAACAAAUCAUAUUGAAUAUAAUAGCGGAAAUGUAAGUACUAGUGGAGCUUGUAGUGAUAGCGGAGAUUCAAUUGGAGGAAGUCGUUCAGAAAGUAAUGCAACACCACCUAUGCAUUUUCUUACACCCCAUGUUGAAAUAUCAAUGACAGAACCCAAUCCUACAGAAUGCUCAUCUUUUUCCUCUUCUCAAGUUAAUGAUAAUACCAUGAAAACUGAAACUAUUCAAAAUUUAAAUAAUGAUGAUGUUUCACAAGAUAAUGAAUGUCCAAACUCUCCACAAUCAACAGAUUCAAACUCCAAUAUGUCUACAUUACCAAUAUUAGCAGGAAAUAGUCGACAAGAAGGUGAAGUAAGUACAAUCACACCAUCUGUUUCUCUCAUUCCUAUAAAACAAGAACAAGGAGAUGAGCAUUUAAGAAAAAAUAGUAUAAAUAAUGUCCAAAAUGGAGAAACUGAGUCUGGACGUUUUCAACCAGCAUCAAGUUUAUCAUCAUUAAUCAAAGUAUCACCUCUAAAAUCAUUGUUGCGUGAUGAAUUUAAACGUAACAUAAAUAUGAAUACCCCUGAAUUAUCUCAGCCUCAUAACACAGAUCCUGGUAUUUGGAGGUAUAUAGCAUUUCAAAAAACAUUACAAUGUUCCUUUUGCGGUAUUACAUUUCCAGACCAAACACUUUACUUUCUUCACAAGGGGUGUCAUUCUGAAACAAACCCAUGGAAAUGCAAUAUUUGUGGAGAACAAUGUAGUAAUGUAUAUGAGUUUAAUUCUCAUUUACUAAGUAAAACGCAUCAAUAAUCUUCAUACAUUAUUUAUUUCCAAACACAAUUUAUUCAUAUCAUCUAUAUUGUAAUGUCUUAGUACUUUAAUUAAUAAUGUAUUUAAUCAGUGAUAACCAAAAUAAAAUAUAUCUUAAAAUAUGCUGCAAUAUUAGCUAUAACACUUAAAAUGUUUUAAUUG